CAAAGGUAAGACAACUUUACAUCUUACUUUGACAUUUUUAAUUCAACAAUGUUUGUCUCUCAUUGCUCAGAUGGCAUUUUCUCUUGGCGUCUUCCUCCUCUGUGCGAUCUGUGGGGUGUUGACUCAACAGGUCAAUACAUCUACCAAAAGGGUCCCAAAACCUUUGCAGAAGCAGAGGACAUAUGCAUCACAAAGUUUGGUGCCAAUCUGGUGUCAUUCCACAAUGUCAAGGAAUACCAAGAAGUUCUUGAAGUGAUCCAAGCCAAUAAUGACGGAGCCAUGGUAGACACCUGGAUAGGACUCGAUCACACCAUCCAGAAGGGGACCUUCUUUUGGACUGCUGGCCAAGUCUAUGCCCCUACAGACAUUGUUGUCUUUCCUGUCAAAAGCACUUUAGUCUUACCAAAACUGUGUGUACAUUAG